CACGAAGGUAAACAAGGAAGAAGAGGAUCGUAGGAGUGUCCUCCCCCUGUCGUCGUUGGAGAGGGAUGGAUCAGUCCCUCUCCAGCGUCUCGUCCUCGUCAGGAGACGAGAGAUCGAAGUGUGGGAAACGAUUCACACGGGGUCGAUCACGUUCAGGGCCUCUUGGAGAAUCGUUUCAACGCAUCCUGGGGAAUAGCGAGAAAUAUUUCCAGGCGGGGGUCGUUUGCUGACCGCUAAGACGGGGAUCAAGGUAUUAUAGAAUUGCAGCAUCAGCGCUUCUCACCUGAGAGUUUACGAGUUGUGGCCAACUACACGGGCCAGUCACGUAAAAAACGAGAGUGCGGUCGCAGUGUCGUAGGAGAAGAUGCAAUCGGUUUGUAGGUGGUGGUAUUGGGUUCUCUAUUCCUUCGGCCUCGUUCUAGUGGUCGUCGGAAGCAUCCUUUAUUCCACCGCGCCCAAAAACUUCGAGAAGAUGGUUAAGAAGCAAUUGUUAUCGGAUACUAAAACAGAAGCGUUCAGAAACUGGAUUGAGCCCCCCAUCCCGAUCUAUCUACAGUUUUACAUGUUCAACGUCACCAAUCCAGACGAGUUUCUUUACAUGGGAGCAACACCGAAACUGCAACAACUUGGACCAUACACCUACAGAGAAAUACUGAAGACGGAAGUGCUGGAGAUCUACGACAACGGUACCGUGGAGUAUUUCCACACCAGAACUUUCCACUGGGAUGAGAGCAUGUCGUCAGGAAAGGAAUCGGAUAUCAUCAUCUCCUUGAAUGCGCCAGUUCUGCUCAUGGCCAUGAAAAUGGCGGAAAUGGGGUUUGGAGCGUUACUUGAAUCCAUCAUCCCACUAAUUGAACCACUGGACGAAGGGAAGCCGUUCUUGAGAAAAAGCGUGGCGGAGCUCCUCUUUCAAGGAUAUGAGCUCACUUUCAUGGAGAUAAUAUAUCAUUUUUUGAUUGACGAGAUGAAUUUGCCUGAAGACCUUGUCAACCAAAUGUUCGACUCAAUACUGCCACCUGAAAUGUCGGACGGCAAGUUUGGCUACUACCGUCUGAAUGGUACCAGCGACGGUAAUUACUUGGUCGGCACCGGCGUAAAUGGACCGGAAGAUUUCGCCGAUAUCAAGCUCUGGCGAGGGGAGCCAUUCCACUAUAAAAGACCAUGGCGGACGGAUGAGUGCAACAUGAUCAAUGGCACCGACGGCACGAUCUUUCCCCCCUUUGUCGACGAAAACUCCAUCCUAUAUGUAUUCACCCCGGACUUGUGCAGGUCAGUGUACAUCACGCAUGAAAUGGAGGUGGAAUAUCAAGGGAUACCAGGACUUCGAUUCAUCGUCGAUCCUGACGUCAUCGAAGACCCAGCAAUUAAUCUGGACAAUCAGUGCUUUUGUUUAUCGAAUGGAACAUGCUUGAAAGCAGGAGCUUUAGAUCUCUCCGAAUGUCUUGGUGUACCGUUGGUGAUGUCCAUGCCGCAUUUCUACUUAGGAUCAGAAGAUUACUACAACGAAUCCAUCGUGGAAGGGUUGGAGCCAAGGAAAGAAUGGCACCAGACCUUCGUCGACCUCGAGCCUGUGCGAAUCCACACUCUUAGCUAUUUGACUGGCACUAUCUUGAAUGCCUCCAAGAAACUUCAAGUGAACUUCAAGCUGAGGCCGGUCGAGCAUUAUCCAAGCUUUGCUAAUGUCACGGAAAUGCUCUUCCCAAUAUUUUGGAUGAAUGAGAGCGUAACCUUACCCCAGGAGUUUGCCGACGAUCUCUACACAACGAUCGUCAUGCCUCAAGAAGCCAUCACCAUCGGAUCGCAGGUGGCCUUUGGCAUCGGGCUUUUCACGAUAUUGCAACAGUCAUUGGAUAGUAAAGCAGAAGCGUUCAAGAACUGGAUAGAGCCUUCCAUCCCUAUCUAUCUACAGUUCUACGUGUUCAACGUCACCAAUCUAGACAAGUUUCUCUACGAGGGAGCAACACCGAAUCUGCAACAGCUUGGACCAUACACCUACAGAGAGAUACUGAAGACGGAAAUGCUGGAGAUCUACGACAACGGUACAGCGGAGUAUUUCCACAACAGGACUUACAUCUUCGAAGACAGCAUGUCGGAAGGAAAGGAAUCAGAUAUCAUCACCACUUUGAAUACUCCAGUUCUGACCAUGGUUGGGUUAUUAGAAGAAUUGAACAAUCCCUUCUUUGAUGCCGGUUUCGACCUCAUCAUCGAAGCAAUGGAGACGACGGACGACGGCAAGCCGCUUUUGAGGAAAUCAGUCGAAGAGCUCCUCAUCAAAGGAUACGAGUUGACUUUCAUCGAUAAAUUGUGGGACGUACUGGUACACGACUUGUUGCUGGAUGAAGAAUUUGUCAACGAAACCUUUUCCGACAUUCUGCCGCCUGAAAUGGCUGAUGGGAUUUUCGGUUACUACCUUGGCACAGAUAACAUGAAGAUGAAGAUCGGUCGCGAAGUACUCCUUCCCAACGAAGCAACCUUCGAAUUAGAUGAAGCCAUGCAGGUCGUGCUAACACGGAGAGCGCUGAAUGGUACCAGCGACGGUGUUUACUUGGUCGGCACCGGCGAAAAUGGACCGGAAGACUUCGCCGAUAUCAAGCUCUGGCAAGGGGAGCCAUUUCACUAUAAGGAACCAUGGCGGACAGAUGAGUGCAACAUGAUCAAUGGCACUGACGGCACCAUCUUUCCCCCCUACGUCGACGAAAACUCCAUCCUAUAUGUAUUCACCCCGGACUUAUGCAGGUCGGUGUACCUCACGUACGAGCAGGACGUGGAACUUCAAGGGACACCAGGACUUCGAUUCAUCGUCGAUCCUGACGUUCUCGAAGACCCAGAAAUUAACCUGGCCAAUAAAUGCUUUUGUUUAUCGGAUGGAACAUGCUUGAAAGCCGGAGUUUUAGAUCUCUCCGAAUGUAGAGAUAUCCCGUUGGUGAUGUCCAUGCCGCACUUCUACUUAGGAUCAGAAGAAUACUUCAACGAAUCCGUCGUGGAAGGAUUGGAGCCGAGGAAAGAAUGGCACCAGACCUUCGUCGACCUCGAGCCU